AUGCUCACCGUGGCCGUUGAAGGGUGCUGUCACGGGCAGCUGAAUGCAAUUUAUAGGUCCCUGCCAAAGCCGGUCGACCUUCUGAUAAUCUGUGGAGAUUUUCAGAGUAUACGGAACCGCGCAGACCUGGAGUGUCUGGCUGUUCCCCAGAAAUAUCGACAAAUGGGCGAUUUUCAAGAUUACUACACUGGUCGCCGAAUCGCGCCUGUGAUGACCAUUUUUGUGGGGGGCAACCACGAGGCCUCAAACUAUCUCAGCGAAUUGCGCUAUGGUGGUUUCGUGGCCCCAAACAUAUAUUAUUUGGGACGAUAUGGAGUGAUAUGGUAUAAAGGCCUGAGAAUAGCAGGAAUAUCAGGAAUUUACAACGAGACGAAUUUCCUUAAACCGCGCAAAGAAACACUUCCUUACGAUAGAUCUACCAUUAGAUCCGUGUACCAUUAUAGAAAUACCGAGGUGACGGCACUCAAGCUCCUACAACCCUCAAACGAAACAAUCAUGGUGUCGCACGACUGGCCUGAAGGAAUAUACGAGUACGGCAGAAAAGAUCAGCUUUUGCGAUGCAAACCAUUCUUCAAAAGCGACAUGGAAAAACACCAGCUGGGAUCGCCUCCUUUGAUGGCUCUGCUCCGUCAUUUGCGACCUAGUCACUGGUUCAGCGCCCAUAUGCAUGUUAAAUUUGAGGCCACUGUUUCCUGGAAACCCAGCCAGGAAAACGAGAAAAUAAACAAGGAGGAGAUUGAGCUUGAGCUCAACGAUGCAUCUGAGGAGACGGCUGAUCUUCCAACCAGGUUCCUUGCCCUGGACAAAUGUUUACCGCGACGCAAGUUCAUGGAGGUUUUCCGUCUAGCCCAGCUCGAUGUACCAACCAAGCUUGCGGGACUGGAUUUUUUCUACGAUCCCGAAUACAUUAGCAUACUAAGAACUGUUGAACUUUACCGAAAAGACAUAGAAUCAGCUGGAUUGGAUCUCCCGGAGGAGCUCAUCACUACAUUGCAUAGAGAGUGUGAUCGUCAACGCAUACUUUUGGAGGAUCUUGAGACCAACAGAUACCGUGAGCUGCUGCAGAUCAACAGCCAGUUUUCAGUGACCGCAGACGCCUCUGCAAAAGAGGUGCAAGAAUAUACUAAUCCCCAGACUGUGCAAUUUAUUGAAAAAUUCCUUGCACAGCCGUAG